AAACUCUUGUUUCCUCUCCUCCGCAGCCCAGGAACCGACAUGGCCCAGGAGCGUCCCGCCUGCACCCUGGAGCCCGAGCAGGUCCAGCAGCUGCUGCUCUCCUCCCAGGAGGCCAAGAAGUCAGCCUACUGCCCCUACAGUCACUUCCCUGUGGGGGCCGCCCUCCUCACUCGGGACGGGAGGAUCUUCUCGGGGUGCAACAUAGAAAACGCCUGCUACCCGCUGGGCAUCUGUGCUGAACGGAACGCUAUCCAGAAGGCCGUCUCCGAAGGGUACAAAGACUUCAAGGCAAUUGCCAUCGCCAGUGACUUGCAAGAUGAUUUUAUCUCACCGUGUGGGGCCUGCAGACAAGUGAUGAGAGAGUUUGGCACCAAUUGGGAUGUCUACAUGACCAAGCUGGAUGGCACGUAUGUUGUCAAGACAGUCCAGGAGCUGCUGCCUGACUCCUUCGGUCCUGAUGACCUGCAGAAGAUCCAGUGAAGGUCGGAGAACAUCCGCCACCUGGGAGAUCCUGGCUUCCCAACCUGUGCUUAAGGGGACAGCCACCUGGAGCACUUCAUGAAGAUGGUCUCACUGACCUGGGGACAUCUGUCAAAUGGGCCCCAACCCUACAGGGGCUGAGCAGAGAUGACUUUUCCAAAUUACACUCAGGCACCACGGUCUUCCUCUGAAGUGAUAAAGGGUUUCCCUCUGGCCUCCCCACCCUCCUUGUAACCCACUUUGUCCUUCCCAGGAAAAGAGCACCCCACCCUCUCCUUUCCUUCCUGCGAGCCCUCAAAAUUCCAGCCAAGUCUGGACUGCCUCCCCAUCAGCCGUCCCAAGGUUCUCUCCUGUUCUGAGUGACUUUUCUAAUUAUAAUAGUCACAGAACAUCCUGA